AUGCGGCUUACACUCCUUCUGGUUACCCUCCAAGCUGGCCUUUUGAUGGCCCAGCCAUCUAACUCCGGCUGUGAAGGAGGCUGUCCCAACAAAUACGAGUGCCUACGGGGCUCUCUUUGCAAUGAUCCCUACGGCUGCGCUCCGGAUUCAUUAAAACCGUAUUACUCCUGUGUCAGGACGGGAACGUACCAGCCAUCUGAUUCCGGCUGUGGAGGAGGCUGUCCCGAGCUAUACGAGUGCCAGCGGCGAGGCUCUCUUUGCAAUGAUCCCUACGGCUGCACCCCUGGUCAAGGAGAGUCGUAUUACACCUGCGUCCAGACGGUGAAAUACUGUGAGGAUCCCCAUGGCUGUCCCGGAUGA